CGCCAUGACGGCGAGUCGGAACGAGGAGAACGGCGGAACGAUGGAACGGCGGAACAGUGAACGUGACAUCAUCAAUGGCCGCCGCCGCGCGUGUUGUCUGUAUACGCAACGAAGCGCGGCACUCUCGUAGGCUGUUGUAAUAACUCACGCAAAGGACGCCGAUAUUUGAUUUCGAAAUACGGACCUGCGGUUGGACGUGUUCGAGACAUGGGCUCAAAGAAGCACAAAAAGCACAAGCGCGAGAGGCACGAAGAAGGUCAAUACACAACGACGGAUAAGCCGCCUAGUCUGAAGUUAAUCUUAAAGGUAGGAGGUAGUACUGGAACACCCGAGCACGGCAGCGAGUCGCCAAGUCAAACCACAAUGCUUUCGCAACAUUAUCAACAACAAUUGGGUCUUAACUAUUCCGUUAGCCAAGGAGACGCAGAAUAUGACAGAUAUGUUGGUCACAAAAAACUCAAAAAGAAGAAGAAAAAGAAAGAUAAACGACACAAACAUCAUCACAAAGACAAGAAAAGACGGAGAGAGGAAUCAAGUCAAGAAUCAGUUGGUGACGCCGAUGAGAAUCUGGUCGAGCCUGUACCUAAGAAGGCUUGUACCAAUCACAAUCAGUUGUUGCCACCCAGGCCGCCAUCGGGUGGCGAAUUGAGGAUCGGUGUUGGUAACGUAAGCUCUCUAUCGCCACAUCGCGAGCCUAGAACAUGCGUCCUCAGAAAGAUAGCAGAACGCACGCCUCUCCAGAGGUUAUUGGAGCAUUUGUUGAGAUCUAUGGAAAAGCGGGAUCCACAGCAAUUUUUCGCCUGGCCAGUCACAGACAGCAUCGCGCCUGGUUACUCUCAAAUAAUUACGAAUCCGAUGGAUUUCAGCACAAUAAAGCAAAAGAUAGACGACAAUAACUAUCAGAAUUUGCAAGAGUUCGUGGAUGAUUUCAAGCUCAUGUGCGACAACGCCAUGACGUAUAAUCAUCCCGAUACCAUCUACUACAAGGCAGCAAAGAAAUUGUUGCACGUUGGUUUGAAGAUGGUCACUCCAGAGAAAUUACGACAACUUAGGCCAGUCCUGAUGUAUAUGAAUGAUAUUACAAAGGAGGAGCUUGGAUUUGAAUUGGGCACCGAAGACCUUAAUAAUCCGAAUGCUCCUGUGACAGAGGAACAAAUAGAGCAGGAACGCGAACAGGAGGAACGUAAUGAGGAGGCAGAAGAGCUUAGGAAAGAAAAUCAAAGAAAAAUGAGACUGGCUAGUUUAGGAAAGUUCGAGGCGAUACCGGACGACUUAACGCCAGAAGAGAUACUGAAACAGGCUAGAGGUGCGGCCAAAGCUGCGGCGGAGAAACUCAGUUUGAAGAGGGUCAACUCGAAAAUGGGUUUCCUGCGGCAGAAGAAGGACGGUACCACCAGUCUGCAAAUUAUUGUACCCGGAGACGGGAUUAUUCCUGGGACCAAUCAAAGACCUGUAUCCCUAGGACAGUUGAUAGGCAAAUUGAAUCAUGGUACCGGAGCAUUGGCUGGAUUCCGGGAGGAUCGAAGGAACAUGUCAAAGCCAGUGAAACCUCUCUACUAUGGUGCGUUCGGUUCAUACGCACCUAGCUAUGAUUCGACGUUUGCGAAUCUUACCAAGGAGGAAACCGACCUAGUCUAUCAAACAUAUGGUGACGAGACUGCCGUGCAAUACGCUGAAUCUAUCCUAGACUUUGCCAAGGACUGUGAUUACACAUUGACCAUGGUUGAUGACCUGUUGGACAUUCUCACGGGUGGUGAUCAUCGGAAGACGAAGAAAUUCAUCGAGGAAAAGCGAAGACUGAGGGAAGAGGAGGAAAAGAUCAAGAAUUUAUUGGAAAAACCGAUGCAGGACGUGAAUCGUAACAUUCCCUUGCUGGAUAAGGUCAAGGUUGAUGUCGAACAACUGAAGACACUAUCGGAUCUCGGUAUCGACAUAAACUUCUUAGAAAAUUUAGAAGAGGAUUUUAAAUAUAGCGAGGAACGUGCCGCUCUACAAAGUCGUCUUGACGACACAUCGCAGAUGCUGGGUCGGCUGAAGCAGGUUCAACACGAGCGUUUGUCAGCACCGCCACCAGCCCAUCUCUCCAAUGUUCCUAAGGCAGCGGACACGGAGGUGAUGCUUGCCGAGAAGAUCACAGACAAUCUCACCGAUAUAGCAAAGAAACUGCCACCGUCAGGGAUCGCGCCGGUCGACGGAUUGCGUAGAGCUAUGGGCAUAGCACCUUUGGGCGGACCAGAGCCCAUGGAAGUCGAGCCGAUCACGCACAACCCCACUAUAGUCACUGACGGUUCGUUACUGCCGAAUCCGAGCAAUGGCAGCAAUCAGGUGCUGUCAAAUCUAUUGCCGACCCCCUCGCCAAUUCAAAACGCGAAUCUACUGAGUCCGACCGGCCAGCAAAAUCAAAAUAUCAGUAUUGUGGGCGCGAAUCAGCCGCCAUCGUCAAUUCAGAUGCAAAUCGGUAUGACGCACAGCAGUCAGACGCCGUCGUCUUUACUGAGCGCGUCAGAACCAUCUGGCGUGGUGGCUGACCUCGAGUCUGAACUGCGCGAAUUCCUCGAGAGCGAUCCUACGCUAGGACACUCGCCUCUCCAUGAUGAUAAAACUCUGGAAGACAUUCUGUCUGAGUCUUAGUGCGAGCGCGGAAUUCCGCAACU